AUGGCAAAAGUCCCAAAAGGGUCUGUCUCGUUUGCGAAGGGCAGCAAGACCACCAGUUCCGGCGGCAGUAAAAAAAAACUAAUCAAGAAAACAUCGACCAAACCAACAUCAUCUACCAAAACGUCAACAAGGAGUUCCAAGGCGAGCGAUAGCGACAGUGGCUCGAACUCCCGGAAACGACCCUCUUCUUCUUCAAGCUCUUCAAAGUCGCAGCCAGAACCUCCCAAGAAUAGCAGCAGCUCCAGCAGCUCGCGACGACAGGCUUUAAGAUCGGCAUCGUCAUCAUCUAAAGCAGCAGCGGCAGGAUCGUCGUUUUCUAGUGGAAAGAGGACAGAGGACCAUCAUCGUCGCGUGUUGUCGGACGAGGAGGGCAGUCAGGGCGAAAGCGAGGAAGAGUCGGAAUCGGAUGGUGAGGACCCGGACACGCAACUGGGAUUGAGACCUACCUUGCGCGUUGUCUCCAAGGCCACUGUCAGGAAAACAUGGAAGCCCGUCACGACCAGGACUCGGACACAUAUCCAAAGCCUCGUCACUGGACUCUUCCCCGCUGCGAUUACACAGGCGCGAGGAGAAAAACGAAAGAUUGAGAUGCAGGCAGGAUUGAACCGCCUUUUGGAAAAGUUGAACGACACACUGAGUGAACUCCAAGUGCCACAGGGGAGCGUUAAACCCAACUAUGCGCAACUGUCAGCGCGCAAUAAAGAGUUGGAGGCAACGCUUGUACCUGACUUGGAGCACAUUCGCGACCUGGAACGUCGUCUUGAACAGGAGGAAACUCUUGCAAAACUGGAUGAAGAGGCCUUGCAAGAAUUCAGGGCAAAGAGACGGGCACAGAACGAUAGGAUGGAGUACUUGCAGAAGACUAAUUUGCACCCCCACCUGCAAAGCGAGGACCUGACGGAGACUAUGGAGUCUCUCUGCCACGCCAAGGGCGACUAUAGCCAUCUCUCCGUGGCCGACCAACGGUUGAUGAAUCUGAUGCCUUUAUCGCGCAAUGAAGACUUAGCGGGGUCAGAAGUGCGCGAGUCGUUGUACAACCCCGACCAGGAUGUGAGCAUCAACAAAGUGUCGAAGCGUUUGGGAAGUCGGUUGAGCGCCAUUGAGCGAAACAAUGAGGUUCUGGACCCAUUGAUGCAGUUGGUCGCUGCAGCUAGGGACAAGGUCGCGGAGUUGUCUCGCGCCAUUCCUUCCACUGCCGCGUCCCCCAUCAACACACCCGCUAAAUCAACAUCCACCCCACGUCCUCGUUCAUACUUAUAA